UGCAUCCAAAAGGUUGGACGCUGAGGCUUGGGCUGUGCAAUCGAGCGCAACAACAUGACGUAAGGAGGUUUGCAGAACUUUCUUUUUUGGGUUGGUUGUUCUUUGACUUCCCCUUUGGAGAAAGAAGCUUGCUUAUUAACACACAGGAGGCACAAAGAGCACAGCACAGGGCUUGCUGUAACGCUAUCAGCAAAUGGCGUUCUUGGCCGGGCUUCCCUCACGAGGAAAUUUUGCAAAGACUACGCCAGGCAGUGUUCUUCAGGGGCUAUUGCCGGUUUACAUCUGCGAUCGUGACACGUCUCCACCAGAGGAGCAGUACAUCAGGACAGACACGACAAAUAUUUUGAUUCGAGCUUUGAAAAAAGGCAAGGAUGAUUCGAAGGCCAAAGAUCUGAAAGGCAAGGCGGCUCAAGAAGACCAUAAGGGCAAAAGGCCUUCAGCUGCCGGAUUGGACGAUAGACCAAUGAAGCGAGUAAAUGCGAGUGGCGGCAGUGGUGGUGGGCAUGAACCUGGAACUCAAGGAGCAGCAGUUGGAUCAAGCGGCCGAAAGGAGAACGCAGGUGGAAGCUCGGGUGGUGUUUCAGGCAAGAUGAGUGAAAAGGAGCUGCAAAACCUUACGGUCGAUAAGUUGAAGGCACUGUUGAAGGAAAAUGGACUUCCUCUAAAGGGAAAGAAGGAUGAAUUGAUUGCCAGAGCAAAGAGAGCGAUGUGAGCAUUCUUCAUCCUCAGGCUGUGUUCGAGGCUGAGAAAAACAUGGUUAUGGAGGGCAGGGGGUGUUGAGGGGCCAAAAUCCUGAAGCCUAUAUGCUACUAGCAGCUGGACAGAAGACCACACAUGCUGGAAAGAAGUGCUUAACAUUACACAACACUCUCGCACAGAGGCUAAAGGCGGCCUGGAUUAAGGAUUUUGAUUGUUGGCCUCGGUCCAUUGCACAACAUCUUACAUGCAUUUGGUCACUUAUGAGAUCAUGUACAUUUGUAGUGUUGGACUCGUCCAAAUGCACCUGGUCCUGAAAGCGGCCAAAUGCAUGUACUUUUUCUUGAGAUCCUCUUGCUAAAUGUAGAGUUGUGUAGUCGAGCGAGGCCUUCCAAAUGCAUGUAGAGUGAUGUGUAGUGGAGCGAGGAUAUCAAUGGCGCGGUUGUUUUGAUAAGCCGCGAUGGCAGCCUGGAGCAUUACAUCUACGUCAACAAAAAAAGGGGCAAUGUCAAUCUCUGUGGCGGCACCAACGCAGCAUCCACUUCACGAUGUCGAUUUUCGUCUCGGAUUUAAAAGGGGAUGCAAUUUGUCGAUGGUGGAUAUCGACUGACAUUUGCAAGAUCACUGUCAACGACAGAUAUUGGCUGACAUUCGAAAGAUGAGGGGACAGAAGAGGAGGGGUUGUUGCACGGGAGAAGAGAGUCGUGCUUCACAGAGGAGGAGACACGCAGACAAGAGCAGUCGUGCUGUGUUCUUCGUUCUUUUUGCCGAACUACUACGCCAUGCUCUGCGGAUGGGAGUUGCAUCGGUUGGCUGGAUUGACGACUGUUGAACUGCCAGUACUUGGCCCAGCUAUCGAUGCUGAGCCGGGAUGCCCCCUGCGCGCCAAGUUUUGCCGAGCCGCUGGGGCACCGUUUCGUUUUCAUUUUGGCUGGGGCUUCCAGCCAUUGUGGUUCUGUGGCCCGAAGCCCGCAACUACCGGCGCGUUAACGUCGAAAGCCCGUGGCCGAUAGCUGGGCCAAGUACUGGUGGUGUAAAAAGAUAGAGGGAUGGGCGGAAAAAAAAAAAAAAAAAAAAAAAAAAAGGCGAUUACCGAAUACGUUUUGCAACUCGCGACCAUGUCGCAAUGAAAUCUGAGCUGCGGGAAGCGAGGGGAGAGAGUCGCAAACGGAAGAAGAUAAAUGUCGUACUCUCCUUUCUGCUGAGAAGAAUGCGGAUAGAGUCGUCAUUGAUUGCUGCUGUUUAUUGGAGCAUCCAACCCAACCCAACCCAACAGCUAUGUCCCCAUUUCGCGGUGAGCACUCUGUACAUUUUUUGUGAUUAUAAGUGGUUAUAAGUGGUGGACCUGUGGACUUGAGUGUUUAAAUUUUUAAAAGUUUAAAGACAUACGUACACUAUGGCCUUUUUCCAUGGAUUGCUGGACGUAAUUGUAGUCGCGUAAAUCU